AUGGGGAUCCGGCAGCGUUUGGAGCUCCGCUCCGAGAGCGCCGAACUCGGCACGGAGGGCGGCCGGCUGUCCAACAAGGACAUGGACCCGAUCCCAAUGGGCUCGCCGGAGCGCACCUGGGGCUGGCCUAGCUUGUUGGGUUUCUGGAUUGCUGAAGCCUUCUCAAUUUCCAUGUACCAAGUGUCAUCGACAUCGGUCACGAAGGGCCUCAACCCAGGCCUCGCUAUUCUCGCGGUGUUCAUCGGCCAUGUCUUGGUAUGCAUCCCCGCCAUGCUGGACGGAUACGUCGGCUGUGUCUUCGGUAUCAACUUCCCCGUCUUCACUCGAGCAUCAUUCGGUCUGCGAGGUGCGCACGCCGCUGUAUUCGUCCGGGGUGUCGUCGCUUGUAUCUGGUUCGGAACACAAUCUUUCCAGGGCGGUCAGUGCCUUCAAGUCAUGAUCGCCGCCAUCUGGCCCUCGUUCAACAACUUCCCCAACCACCUGCCGGCGAGCGCCCACGUUACCAGCGCCGAGCUGUUGUGCUUCUUCCUUUUCAUCAUCGUCCAGCUCCCGCUGCUUUGGCUUCAUGUAAGCAGCUUGAGGUACAUGUUCAUGGCAAAGACGAUCAUUAUGCCGAUCUUCGGAUUGACCCUGUUCAUCUGGGCUCUCGUUGCUGCAAAGGGCUUUGGCCCGACCUUCUCGAAACCGACUGUGAUAAAAGACGGCACACCAGCCAUCGUCGUCUUUUUUCAAUGCGUCACGAGCGCGAUCGGCCCCAAGGCGACGCUUGCAUUGAACAUGCCCGAUUUCACACGAUACGCCAAAGAACCCCGCCAGGUGUUCUGGACCCAGGCUGUCGGGCUCAUCGUGCUUGUCACCAUGUGCGGUGUUUUGGGAGCUACUGUCAGCAGUGCUUCUGAAGUCAUCUACGGCGAGGUUACCUGGAACCCCUUGGAGGUCGCGCGUCUCUGGAACAACCGCGCUGCGCAGUUCUUCGCAGGACUUUGCUGGGCUUUUGCCGUGAUUGGUACAAACAUCAGCGCCAACAGUGUGUCAUUCAGCAACGACUUGUCGCUUUGGUUCCCGAAAUACGUGAACAACCGACGUGGGGCCGCAAAAUCUUUCUCUUCGUUCCUUGGUGGCUACUCCCUCUUCUUGGGGGCCAUUGCGGGAGUUAUCGUCACCGACUUCUGGAUCUGCCGCGGUCGCCAGAUGAGAGUCUCAUCUCUGUACGAUCCACGGGGAACACAUUUCUUCACCUUCGGAGUUAACCCGCGUGCGAUCAUUGCCUUCAUCUUCGCCAUUGUGCCCAACAUGCCGGGCCUGGCGGCUGCUUGUGGUGCCAAGGGGGUUCCGAAAGGAGCGACCUACUUGUAUAGCCUGAGUUGGCUGGUGAGCACACUUAUCGCUGGUUUCACGUAUUGGGCGUGCUGGAAGAUUCGGCCCUUCAAAGUUGACGAGAAGUUGGAUGAGCUGUCAAUCGAGGGACAACCUCCAAAGGAGGAGCCCAUGGAGCCGGAGAAGAGCAUGGAAGCCAAGCAGUAUAGUGUCUGA